UCUAGAUCUAAGAAAUAGGCCUCAGGGUCGAUCCGGAAUCACAAAGGUUGGGAACACGACCUUAGACCCGAUGAAUAAAAGUGGAUAGGCCGUAUCCGGCGUUUGUCCAGGCCGUCUUCGAUCUGAAGCGAAUUCUCGAUCUCCUAGCCUACGACUUGGCCAGAAAUUUCGAAAACUGCCCGAGUGGACCGAAUGGCGCUAAAAUGUGGUGGGAUUGGGAUUGGUUGAUUCCAGGCCAUCAUGGAUGUCAGUGUGCAUGCAGAUAGGACGAUAGCUUCGUUUUCUGCCGAACUGAACCCGCACUCCAAAUUGGGGGCUUGCAUGAGAUCCCUGUACCAAUCACACAACCAGGAUUGGGCUGUUGCUUGUGAUAUGGAUGACGAUGGCUUCGUUUGAAUAUGCUAAUGUCUAGUCUCGUCAUCGUGAAGGUCUUCCGGGCUGUGUAGCCUGUUCUAAUUUUUUACAAAGAAAAUAUUUUAUAUAAGUUUGCUACCUCGCCACCUUCACGAUGUUUUUUUAUUCUAAAACAAUUAUCUUCGUCAAGCGACCGAAAUCAUAAAUAUCAUCAUCGAUAAUAUAGACUACGGGUCUUCAUCUUACUGAAAUACUUAUACAACUUAGACUUAAAAUCAUAUACACUCACGAAAUCAUCCAAGAUGCCUAUUGCUCUUACACCACCUCCGAUUCCUGAGGUCAAGACUCUCGGUCAUGUCACAGCCCUGCCUGCAAAGAGAAAGAUCAUAUGUUUCUCAGACUUUGACGGAACGAUUUUUAUGCAAGACACCGGACACGUCCUCUUCGACAACCACGGUUGCGGGUCCAAGCGGAGAGAAAUGCUAGACGAACAGAUCAAGACCGGCGAGCGAUCAUUCAGAGACGUAUCGGAAGAGAUGUGGGGAUCUCUCAACGUACCUUUUGAAGAUGGCUUCGAAGUAAUGGAGAACACCCUCGAGAUCGACCCUGACUUCCAGAGCUUCCACAAAUUCUGCAUUGCCAACAACAUUCCAUUUAACGUAAUCUCCGCCGGCCUUAAGCCAAUCCUCAGAAGAGUCCUCGAUACCUUUUUAGGAGAGGAGGAGGCUUCUCAUAUCGAUAUCGUAGCUAACGAAGCACACAUCUCACCCGAUGGCUCCUCAUGGAAGCCUAUCUGGCGCCACGACACAGAGCUAGGACACGAUAAAGCGCUCUCAAUCACAGAAGCCCGGGAGCAGGCACAACUCGCAUGCGACGACGGAUCUAUUCCCCUCAUCGUAUUCAUCGGAGACGGAGUGUCCGACCUUCCCGCCGCCCGCGAAGCCGACGUACUAUUUGCGCGCCGCGGGUUGCGACUUGAGGAAUACUGUCUCGAGCAUAAGAUCCCAUAUAUCCCAUUCGAUACGUUUGCAGAUAUCCAGCGCGAGAUCGAGCGCAUCAGGGAAGACGACGACAAGAAGACGGGCGGAAAGGGAGUCCCGGCACGCUUUAACCCGAGGGCGAACAUGUGGAGACGCGUUUCUAGUAAGACCGCAGUGCCGAGAUACGUGGUCAUGUCGCCGACGAAGGAGGAGAAGAUGUUUUUGUGGCCCGAGGCCUUUUCCGAGUUGAAGACGCCGACAGUGGAAGUUACGGAAGCGGCGACUUCGGCGGUUUAGGGGUGGGCUUUCCUACACUGAGGGCCCUAUUGCAUAUACCGGCGUUUACCUUGUUUCAACUAGCAUUGGGUAGCGAUAUGGAAUUACACGAUAUCAUACGGGAUAGCACAAGGAAGAAUCCCUAGGGCGUUUAGGUUGGAAUAUACACGAUAGAGUGGUUUGAUAAUACGAAGAUCUCAUGAGAUAUACAUACGCCAAGACUACAUUCGUGGAAGAUGUGUUAUUUCUAGAAUAGAAACUAUCCAAAAUUUUAUGAGGAUUUUAAAGACAGUUGUUCAGCUGUUUAGCACAUGAUUGUGAUGGAUAGUGCGCCAUAGCUGAACUAGCUGGGCUUCAUCCUUCAUCCUUCUAAAAUAAUAAUUGGAGGUUCAUAUGAAGUAUUCAGGUACACUCGCGU